AGGCAGAGCGCGGCUGGGAUGCUAUGGAAUGUGACCAGUUGCCUGCAGAGGCCCUCCGACAGGUGAAACUCCAGCGUCACCCCAUCUAUGGAUUCGGCUUUGUGGCCGGAAGUGAGAGACCGGUGGUAGUUCGCUCGGUGACCUCAGGAGGGCCAUCUGAGGAUAAGCUGUUGGCAGGUGACCAAAUAUUGGCCAUAAAUCAUGAAGAUGUAAGUGACGCCCCCCGAGAGAGAGUUAUAGAACUGGUCAGAGGCGCCCAGGAGGCUCUCAUCCUUACGGUGCUACAGACUCACCAGCCCUGUUUCUCUCUCUGUCUCUCUGUCUGUCUCUCUCUCCAGGAUGUGAUGACGACCCUCCAGGACCGGCUGUCCCUGAGGCAGAUCGAGCAUUUCUCCCUCGUCCUGGAAUACUCCAGCCCUGAACAGAGUCACAAGUUCCUUCUCCUGCAGGACAAGCAGCCCCUGGCCCACGUGGUGCAGAGGACCCACUACCAAGGAAUGCGAUGCCUCUUCCGCGUCAGUUUCUUCCCCAAAGACCCCGUGGAGCUGCUGCGAAGGGACCCCGCAGCCUUUGAGUACCUGUAUAUCCAGAGUCGCAACGAUGUGAUCAGGGAGCGAUUUGGGAUGGAGCCCAAGCCAGAAAUGCUGUUCGGCCUGACCGCCCUGCACAUUUACAUCACCGUUUCAGCCACACGGCCCAGCCAGAAAGUCUCCCUCAAAAACGUGGAGAAAGAAUGGGGCCUGGAGCCUUUCCUGCCUCCCUCGCUGUUGCAAGGGAUCAAAGAAAAGAGCCUUCGGAAGGCCCUCUCUCAGCAGCUGAAGGCCCACCAGAACCAGCCCCCCUGGGGCACCAAGAUCACCACCACCCAAGCGAAGCUCCACUACCUGCGCAUCCUGAACGAGCUGCCAACCUUUGCCGGUGUCCUGUUCAGCACUGUGGGACUGGACGAGAAAGAGCCAGCCACCACCCUCCUGGUGGGGCCCCGCCAUGGCAUCAGCCACGUCAUUGACCUGAAGACAAACCUCACCACCGUGCUGUCCGAGUUCAGCAAAGUCAGCAAGAUCCAGCUCUUCCGGGAGAACCAGGGGGUGGCCCGGGUGGAAACCAGCAUCCUGGAUGCCAAGCCUCUGGUGCUGCUGAUGGAAUGGCCGGAGGCCACCAACUUCACCUGCCUCAUCGCUGGCUACUGCCGCCUGCUGGUGGACUCCAAGCGGACAAUCCUCUCCCGACACCCCAGUCACCCACCACCGCUUCCACUGACCAAGGCAGACAGCAGCCCGUUCCUCGUCCGUCAGCCUCUGGCACCAGCAGGGCACCUGGCUAAGAAGGAGAGCAGGCUCCUGGGAGGCCCUGUCCCCAGCCCCAGAGGGGGCAGCCCUCCAGACCCCCUGGGCUCGGAGCUCCUCAGCUUUUGCUACCUGCACCUGCGGGAGCACAAGGAGCGCAAGAGCGGGACUGACGUCAAUGAAAACCUGAUCCUCUUCGAGGAGUCCCGGCCCCGGACCAAAUCAGACCCCACCUCAGAGAGCUCCGGGCGAGAGGACGGCGAGCCCCACGGCCCAGACCAGGAGCGCUGGGCCAACAGAGCCAGGGCGUACACCCUGGACAGCCAGCAGGGCAGCCAGCCCCAGCAGCUGUACUGUGACUCCUGCAAGGCCAAAGUCAAGCGCAAGCAGCCGGCCCCUCACCGAGGCAGCAAUCCCGGCUCCACCCAGGACAACGUGGUGGACCUGACCUCCCUCCCCCCUCCAGGGAGUGAUGAGGAGGAGGAUGAAACCACCUCCCUUCUCCCCAUCACCGCACCGCCUCCCGGCUUCCAAGACAACAGCUCUGACGAGGACGACUCGAAACGUCGGGCGGCAGCAGCUGCUGCCAUGGCCAAAGGGCAAGAGCCAGGACGCCAGUUCUGUGGCCUCCUGUACGAGGAGAUUCCCGUGACGCUGAUAGAUAGCAUGCAGACACGGACUGUCCGAGAUCACGCCCAGGACCUGGACGAUGCUCUGGUCUCCACACUGCAGGCCCUGGAAGCGUUGGCGGCCUCAGAAGAUGGCGCACACCCUCAGCCGCAGCAGACGGCAGGACUCAUCCUUCUGGCCGCCAUCACCCCCGAGUCAUCGAUGGACUCCGGCCACGAAACCAACCCCUCCGAGAUCCCCCACGUCCCCGAGAUUCUCGCCGCUGUGCAGCAACGUCAGAACGCCGCCUUCUUCCUGACUCAGCAGCUCAGCAAGGAAGGCCUCUUGGCCCGGAAGGACCUUCCUUUACGCAUCCAGACUUCUCGGUAUCGAGAGCCGGACCAGAUCUCCGAUGCCACCUGCGCUACAAACACGCGAGAUACGGAGAAAGGCUGUGCCCAGCCCUCGCCUUCUCAGCAGUUCAAUGAGCCCAAUGCCAAAGGGGAAGGGCCCGAGCCCAAAGGUUCCUUCCCCUGCGGGGCAGCUGAGGCCCCACACACCACGGCUGUCCCGGUCCUGGGAAACAGCCACCCAGAGAGUGGGCGGCAGGACCAGAGAGCAGCCCCCAUCCUUGUCGCCUCAAGUCUGCAGCCAGUUGGCCCCAAAGCUUCCCUUUCUGCAGCAUUCUCGCCAACUGAAGGCAGCGCUCCCCCCUGGGGUCCUGACCGCAGGCAGCUGUCUGGUCCCCAGCCCUGCUCUGCGGGCCGGCUCUCCCCCAGCCUUCCCUGCUCUCAAAAGCAGCCAAGCGGCGAAGUCUUCCAGCAGAACCCAGGACGCCCAGGCAGCCCCACGGAGGUGGCCUCCCCUCCCCUGCGAGCAACAGCAGCAGAAGAGGAGAAGCAGGCGGCCCAGACAAAGGGAAGGCCAGAGGGGGCAGAGGAACUCCUGUGUCAGGAAGAGGGUGGCAGACCACCUGGCCAGAGGGAGACGCUCCUCAGCCAGGAGGAAAAGGGACAGCAUGAAGCGGGUGCCAGCAGCCGCAGCGCCCCGAGGCCUCCGCCCUGCAAGAGCCCACAGGCCUUCAGUAGUCCCGGAGGGGAGACUCUGAAGGGGAAGUUCCCCGCAGGUGCUCAGACCGGAAGCCUGCCCUCCACUUCCCUGCUUUUAAAAAGGUCUGAAAAGGCGCUGGCCAUUGCAGCACCAGACUCGGAUCUCCCGGCUAAGCCGAAAGUACCCAAAGCAUCAUUCCGGUUCAAGAACCUCAUUUCUGCCACUUUCCCAACACGACUCAAGAGAGAGACCGACGAGCGGCAAGCUCAGCUGCAGAAAGUGAGGCAGUACGAGCUUGAAUUCCUAGAAGAGCUGCUGAAGCCAAAGACCAGGAGGGAGCCCGCCUCUCCAGACCGCCUGGACCCCUUGGCCACGGGGCGCUGCGCCUGCCAGGUCCGAACCAGCCCUGUACAGACUGUGCCAGGGAUGUCCAGGGAACAGAGGCGGAGUUGUGACUGCAAGCGGCUCAGCCGUGGCACCAGGCCCCUGCCCAGCCAGUCCGCAGCAUCAGGCCUGGAGAGGCCGAGCAGGGGCAGAGAGCCGCAGCAAGCAGAAGGGCCAGGAAAGUCCUCUGCUGGAGCCCUUCCAAAGGGCAGCCGGGUCAGGUCCACCAGCCUGGAAUCGCGGGAUUGCCGGUCUGACCCUGAAAACAGCCUGUCGUGCCUGACCACGUGUGCCUCUCCGGGGGAGUGCGUAGGAGCACCCCACUACAAGAAGUUGAUGCGGCGCUACAGCGUCAGCGAAGUUGAAAAGAUGGAACAAACGUCUCCAGGUUCUCCAGGCUACCUGAGCCAUUACCUGCACAAGCAGUGGGAGGCCACCGCCCAAGACCCUGCCCCGAAAGGCAAAAUGCAGGACCCCCACCUCACGGUGGCAGAACCCUCUUAUGUUCAAGUGGCUGAGAAGAGCCAGAAAGGUGGUGCUGUGCUUCCUUUUCAGGAGGACAUCUAUCCGAGCCCCCACAAACUGCCAGAGGAGGAUGGAGACGGGGAGAGGUGCUGCUCCUUCCGGUACUGCUUCUACUACAGGAAGUGCGACAUGACCGAUGACGGGAGUGAAAAGGAUGAGCUUUCUUACGCCAUUCCCAUGCCAAUCCUCCCAGAAGGGAAGAUCAGCCACCAGGCCAUCCCAGUGGUCAGCAGAACUCUCCAGGUUCUGGAUGCCAGCGUCUGCAGCACUCCAGACAACCAGACCCAGGAGAUAGACCUGCGGACCUCCUCCUUUGAGGGCAGCCUGGCCAAGAUCCACGCCCUGAAGGGCCGUACCUACACCUGGCCCAACGGAUUCCUGGCUGUGCAGCUGGACACCAGUGAACUCUUGACCAUCCUUCGGCAGUGCAUCAUGAGCCCCCAGGCCCAGGAAGGCAAGUCGUAUCUCCCUCAGUUGACCGAGUACAAGCAAGAGUUGGCCCUUAAGUUCAAGGACUUCCGGGCCUCCUGCCGCCGAGUUGCCGCGGUCAACAAGAGCCCAACCCACAUGCUGUCGGCAGUGAGUGGCAGCUUCCAGGUCCUGGGAAGCUUGAUGGAGACCUUUGUGCGGCUGGUGAAGGUGGUGCGCUCGGGGUCGCAGCGUCAGGCGCUCUUGGCCCAAGUGGAAGAGAUUGUGAGGAACUACACACUCUUGCUGAGAGCUGCCGAGGAGUCCACCGCCCGAACCGGCCACCGAGGGGACCAGGAAGCCGAGCAGCCGAGCCACCAAUCUGCGGCCUCCAUGGUGAACUCUCUCACACGGUCCUGGAAGGCGCUGAUGAACAAGUAAAUGGGUGUCUG